ACAAUAAUGAAAAAUCCCAAAACAUUUCCCGCCGCAGCCCUACCCUCGGGGCGGGGCGUCCCGAUCCCUCUCGCCAGUCUGUCGCGGCCCGCCGCGGAGGCAGCACGCGAUGCCUUAGCGUAUUAUGUUCCUCCCCGACCUACCGCGAGCCUGUAUGGUUGACGACGUAGCUACCUACCUCCAGGCGCCCUCCUCGGGACAGGACGAGUUCCAUCCGUUCAUAGAGGCCCUGAUGCCCUUCGUGAAGUCCUUUUCGUACACAUGGUUCAAUCUACAAGCGGCGAAGCGGAAAUAUUAUAAGAAACACGAAAAACGAAUGAGCCUUGAAGAGGAGCGGCAUACGAAGUAUGAAUUACAGAACGAAAAGGCAGAAGUUAAACAAAAAUGGGCGUCGCGGCUGUUAGGCAAGUUGAGAAAGGACAUCACACAGGAUUGUCGGGAGGAUUUCGUCCUGAGCAUCACGGGGAAAAGGCCGGCGGUGUGUGUGCUCUCCAACCCAGAUCAGAAGGGCAAGAUGAGGAGGAUAGACUGCUUGAGACAGGCCGAUAAGGUGUGGCGCCUAGACCUAGUAAUGGUAAUACUAUUCAAAGCGAUACCCCUCGAGAGCACAGACGGUGAACGCUUAGAGAAACACCCUGAAUGCGCGCAGCCAGGUCUCUGCGUCAACCCAUACCACAUCAACGUGUCAGUGAGAGAACUAGACCUGUACCUGGCCAACUUCAUCAACAGCUAUGAUAUCCUAAGUGGCUCUCUUUCACCCAACCCGCGGGAGAAAGAGAACGAACACGACGCCAAGAGCAAAGGCUAUAGCCACAAUCCGUACAACGGAGUAAUUUGCAACGAUAUUAUUCUAGCGACCGGCGUCUUCUCAUCGAAGGAACUCUGGAAGCUGUCCAAAGCCUCAAUCCUCCAAGAAACGGGUUCGGAGUCCCCAAGCGGCUCAGGCGGCAUAAAGCUCGAGUCGGGGUACUACUGUGGGUACAAUAGUCCCGCGCCGCCCGCGUUCGAGCCUCCUGCUGAGCGAGCCACGCCUUCCAUGCUGGUUGGACAAUGCUUCAGUAUCCCUCCCAGUUCAGCGGGUCUCAGCCAAGCCCCGCUGGUGUCAUCCAACACCAUAUUCUACCAGCACCCACCGCCGCCCACCGACACACAUCCAACUGCCUCAGACGCGUUGAGCAGCCACCACAGCGCCAAAUACGACGGGACGCCGCAGGACUCACUCGGAGACUUCGUGACCUUCGUCUGUCAGGAGCCUACGGAUAUUCAGCAACUACAGGUUCACGGCCUCUCCCGAAGUCCGAAGCCGGCAUACUUCAGCAGCUCGAUGCUGCCGCCGGCGCCGCUGCCGCCCAUGGCGCGGCCCGUGGCCAUCAUACGGUCCACAGCGGCCCGCGAGGACUACAUGGCGCUGUCGUCGCUCCCCGCGAGCGAGCUCAGCUCCCCGCCGUCCCCGGAGCGCUCCCCGCCCGCCUCCCCGCGCCGCCGCUCGCCGCACUACCGCGCCGACUGCCCGCCGAUAUCGCACUACAACCACUUCUCGCAGCCCCAGCAGGUGUUCAGCUACGGGCCGCUGGGCGGCGUGGGGCUGACGGGCGGCGCGGGGGGCGGGGGCGGGGGCGCGUCGCCGCCGGGGGGGCUGGGCCUGUACCCGCGCGCCCCGCCGCGCGCCGCCGUCAGAUGGAACGCGCCAUUCCCGACUCUGGAGGAGGAAUUCAACAUUAUGACUGCGCCCGCGGGGCCCGACCAUGUCGUUCUAUUGGACGAUGAACGCUUCUUCCAAUCAAACGUGAUAACCUCCGAAGCGACGGCGAUGGACACGGCGGCCGUCGCCGUCGACUCCGAGGACAUCGCGCCGGACAAAGCGCCGGACCUGCGCUCGCCGUGAUCCGCAGCGUCGGCGGCGCACGCGGCGGCGGCGGCGUCGUGCGAGCGCGCCGCCGCCGAGCUGGACGCGCACACGGU